CACGUCUUGCACUCGAUGGAACCUUGCCUGCGUGCAUUAUGUCCCUAAAGUGUAUAGAAAUGUAUCCUACUUACGAUAGGAAAAAGAAUGGUUGGUUUGGUAGCUUUCACCAGUGUGGGCGCCAAGUCACAUGGAAAAUGUCCAGCCGAGAACUCAACGCAGCGCCGUCCUCGAAAACAGUCCUCAUAAAAGUCCUACCUGCGUCUAUUGCCUAGAACUUCUUCAGUACAAUCUGCCCGGACCCGGAUACUCGCACGUUACGCUAGCAUAGCUAGAUUCCGUUUGGUGAUGUUUGCCCGGCCUCCAUGUCAACUUCCUCCAAACGCCCAGCAUCUCGGUCACCCGAUGGCGCUCGGCCGAGCAAAAGGAAUAUCCCAUCUUCUCCUCCCGAGGAGGGGGAGGUGGCGGACGAUAAUCCAGCUUCUACCUCCUCUGUCGUUGUCGUCCAGCCCACACUUACCUUGAAAGAGAAAAUCCCAUUCCCCUUCAAGAAGAAAGAUGCCCCGGCAGCGCUUGUUGCUGGGAACAUAUUUGAGAAAUCUCUUCCACCUAAACCCGUCCUUCCCGAGAAACCCAAAGUAACUGAUCCAAGCAUGGACACCAAACAACGCAAAGUGGGACGCGGGGAGCAUAGAGACGCGCCAUCUUCAUCCAGUAGAUAUCAUUCACCCCCAAGCCGCCAUCGACGAUCCCCUUCUCCACGACGUUCAGCAUCUCCAAGGCACCGACCACGCUCACCUGAACCGCGGCGGUACGACGACCGCAGGUGGUAUGACUCGCAUGAUCGAGACAGAAGCUACCGGCCCCGCGAUUGGGAGCCCCGAGGGAGACGGGACGAGUACCGCCCCUACGACGGGGCAUCUCGAGGAGACUUUUAUAGACCUACGUCUCCUCCUCCGUACCGACCGGUGUCGCCGCGACACGCACCUUUCUCUCCACGUUCUCCUGCGUCACGACUCCAGCAUUCUGCUUCCUCCCACGGAAUAGCGCCGCCGUCACCUCAAACGCGCCCGCAUUCUCCAUCAUUGGGUAUACAACCGCCGCAACCUACGGAUGCUCCACCCCCGCCCCCGCCACCGGAUCCUCGGUUGGGUCAUAGUCUUCCUCCGCCGCCGGCGUCGUUGCCUCCUCGUCCCCCAGCACCUCUCCAUAUACGGUCUCCUCCGUCAAUGCGGCCUCCCAUGCAGUCCCUUGUACCGCCACCAGACAUGCGGCCCGAGCCUCCGCGGCCGAUCAUUCGGAAGUCUCCUCCGUUGCUUCGCUCUAGUGAGGCUGAAAAGCAAGCCUAUGGGCGAGUGUUCGAAGGGUGUGGAAAGCAAUCAGAUUACCAGGUCACAACCAAGUUGGGCGAAGGGACUUUCGGUGAAGUCCACAAGGCCAUCCACUCGCAAAGUAAUCGACUAGUCGCUCUGAAGCGCAUCCUCAUGCACAACGAGAAGGAGGGAAUGCCAGUCACUGCUCUGCGGGAGAUCAAGAUUCUCAAAGCAUUGAAACACCCUGCCAUCGUCAACAUACUGGACAUGUUUGUUGUUCGGAGCACAGAGAAAGAGCCGCUCUCUGUCUACAUGGUUUUCCCCUACAUGGACCACGACUUGGCAGGUCUGCUCGAGAACGAACGCGUCAAACUCCAGCCGAGUCAGAUCAAGUUGUACAUGAAGCAGCUGCUAGAAGGGACGGAGUACAUGCAUCGGGUUGGUACACCUCUCCCAACCGCGACUGUUUUUUACCACUUGCUGCAGAACCACAUCCUCCACCGGGAUAUGAAAGCAGCGAAUCUGCUCAUCAGUAACUCCGGGACGCUUUUGAUUGCCGAUUUUGGUCUGGCGCGCGCCUUUGAUUCUGGGGACAACGUGAAUCGAGUCGGCAAGGAGCGCAGGUACACUAACUGUGUCGUGACGCGAUGGUACCGGCCACCCGAAUUGUUGAUGGGGGCACGGCAAUACGGUGGGGAGGUUGAUAUGUGGGGAAUUGGAUGUGUUCUCGGCGAAAUGUUUGUUCGACGGCCGAUUCUCCCGGGAACCAGCGAUCUCGACCAGCUGGAGAAGAUCUGGACACUUUGUGGAACGCCCAAUCAGCACAAUUGGCCAAACUACGAUCACCUCCCGGGCUGCGAAGGCGUUAAGCAACGGUUCGACCAGACUCGCAUGCGCAAGUUGAAGAGUGUUUAUGAAUUUCUCGGCGUUGAAACUUGCGAUUUGUUGGACAAACUUUUGACCUGCAGCCCUCGCGAUCGGCUCACGGCAGCGCAAGCUUUGGAUCACGACUAUUUCUGGACUGACCCGAUGCCCGCUGACCCGAAAAGGGCCGCCACCGCCGUUGGUAAACAACAGCUUGCCCAGAAGACCACCAGCCGGGGAGCAGCCACCCGUCGAAAACCUGAAUUAUGGAUAACUGCAUAA